UCAGGAGCUUCGCCUGUGAGAACUAGGAAGCAGCUGCUCCCGGAGAAAACACCAGACUAUUAUCUGAUGGCUACCGGCGUCUAACGUAAUAUCACCAAGGGUGCUGGGAAGAGUCGAAGUACAACAUAUUGAACGUUAGAUGUUUCUGAUGAAGGCAGGUUGUCGCGCAUUAAAUAUCAUAUUCUUUCUGUCCUGUUAUUCCGUUGUGUCGGUUAACGACGCCGUCGGCUAGCAGCUCAGCUGUCAACCGUACUUAGACCAUUGUCAUGUUUCUGACUCAUGCGGAGGUAUGGAGAACAUACUGGGAGUGUGUUUCCAGGCCGUACACGGUGAUCAUCUGCUCCCUCACAGCCGCAGUGUACUAUCUGUGGGGCCGCGAGUGUCAGAGACCAGCUCUGGUUUGCAGUGAAGCUUUCAGUGCAUUCCUCUUCAAGCACUGUCCUGUGGUAGCUGAGCGCUUCAGUCCCACUCCGUGGUGCUGGGGAGGCCGGCUUCAAACGCUGGUCUGUGCCGCCCUCAAGUCCAGACCCCCUGUCAGUUAUCGCAAUGAGCUGAUCCGUACAGUGGAUGGUGGUCAGAUCUCUCUUGACUGGGUGGACAAUCAGGCCAGUGUGACCUACCCAGAAUCCUCCACGCGUCCCACAGUGCUCAUCCUCCCAGGGAUUACAGGAAACAGCCAGCAGUCCUAUGUGCUUCACGCCGUUAGCCAGGCCACACGCCAUGGUUACAGAUGUGUGGUCUUCAACAACAGAGGUCUUGGAGGGGAGGAGCUGCUGACACCAGUCACCUACUGUGCUGCCAAUACUUCAGAUCUUGAGUGUGUGGUGCAGCAUGUCAAAGGGCUCUACCCCAGUGCUCCUGUGCUUGGGGCUGGUGUGUCUUUGGGAGGCAUGGUGUUGUUAAACUACCUGGCCCGUAAGCACACCGAGUCAGGAUUGGUUGCUGGUAUCACCAUUUCCGUACCUUGGGAUGCGCGUAAGUCCUCUGACUCGAUGGAGGAACCGCUCAACUGGCUGCUCUUCAACAGGCACAUAACGAGAUGCUUGCACCGCGCUGUCACCAGGCACAGGAAGAUUUUAGAGAAAGUGGUGGAUGUUGACUAUGUCCUGAAGGCUCGGACCAUCCGUGAGUUUGACGAACGCUAUACGUCUCUGAUAUUUGGUUACAAUUCAUGUAUGGAUUAUUACCGCGAUGCCAGCCCAGGCAAAAAGCUCCCCAGUACAGCCGUACCCAUCCUGUGUCUCAAUGCCGCUGAUGACCCUUUCUCUCCACAAACUGCCUUCCCAGUGUCCGUAGUUCAGGAUCUUCCUAACGUCGCCCUGGUAUUGACGGCCCACGGGGGACACAUUGCCUUCUUGCAGGGUUUUUUUCCUCUAGGCGAGAGCUACAUGGAGCGCCUGUUUGGCCAGUUUGUGCACGCAGUCUUUGAACACCAGGAGGAAAUGAAGCGAGCCUGUGGUAUCAAAGAGGAGCAGAUGAAGGACUAAUGAGCAAUAUGAAGGCACUUACACUGAAGUAAUACAACAUUUGCAGCUGCAACUCUGCUCAUCUACCUCAUGACCUCAGGUUCAUGUUCAAGUCAUGUAGAAAUAAAAAAUGACAGUGAAGUGAAACCACUAAAGCUAUUUUUAAGUAUUUAAUACAUUUUAGUCAAUCUGAAAAUAUUGUUUGUCAAUUGAUUGCUACUUACUUUCAGUCACAAAGGCCGUCCGUGCACCGCACACCUGUAGUAUGUAGACUGCACUGUAGAGUUCAAGUGCUCUGCUUGUUGCUAUUUAAAAAAGUGAAGAGUUGGUUAUUAAAAUUAGAAACAGCAUUAUUGUUGUUUUCCUCUUGCUAAUUAUGUUUUUUUCCUUUUGCAUCAAUCUUAUUUAGUUUUGAGCCUUCAAGAAGUGUUUUCCUCGAGGUUUGUGGCAUGCCUUAAAGGAUGAAACUUUCCUGUGUUUAUACCCUGCAUGCUGUACAGUAAACGACACCAGUGGUAAAUGAGCCGACACUGGGUAAAGACCAGUAACGCCCUGUGUGGUGCUUCAGUAUCUGCUGCUAUAAAUUGUAAUUAAGUAUCGUAAGCAUCGCACAAGGACCAGAUCAGCAUGUACGUGUACUGAAUGUAUUUUUAUUAUCAGUAGACACUACAUCAGCUUUGUGUUUGUAUUACCAACAGUGCACUGAUUAAUAUGUAGCUCACUUUACUGUGCUAGGUGGUAUUAGUAGGAUUCAUGCCACUUUUAACUGAAGCCACUGCUGGCUAUAAAAUGAAGUGUUUUCAAUCAUCGGCAUGAAGAAAAAAUCGGUGAUAAUGGUGCUAAUUGGUGGCUUUUAAUUGUCAGCGUGAGAGUGGAUGAGAAUUUAAUUUUGCUUUUUCAGAAGCAAAAGAGGCUUUUCAUGAAUGUCACGAAUCCAUCAGCUAUUUGCAUGUUUACCAUAUUCACCUGCCUUUUAAUAUCUUUUUUAAAA